CACUCUACUCCCAAAGUCCCAACCAGCAGUACUGUAUAGACAUCAGAGAGAGAGAGAGAGAGCGAGAGAGAGAGAGAGAUCUGAUAAAAAGUGAGAGAAGCAAAUCCAAAUGCUAAAGGAAGAGGGUGCAACCGGCGGAGGCGGCGGUGGCUGGGCUCGCAUGUGUGACUCAUGCCGGACCGCAGCAUGUACAGUCUACUGCCAAGCUGACUCUGCGUACCUCUGUGCUGGCUGUGAUUCACGAAUCCAUGCCGCCAACCAAGUAGCUUCUCGCCAUGAGCGCGUGUGGGUCUGCGAGUCCUGUGAACGCGCACCCGCAGCUUUCACCUGUAAGGCCGAUGCAGCUGUGCUCUGCACCAACUGUGACGCUGACAUACACUCUGCAAACCCACUCGCUCGUCGCCACCACCGUGUCCCUGUUCUACCCAUCUCGGGUUGCCUUUACGGCCCCCCUUCUGCAACCAACCCAGUUAGACCCAUGGAACAAGAAUCGAAUUUGGAGGAUGGGUUCAUGAUUUCUGCUACUGCUGGUCAAGAGGAUGAUGAUGAAGACUUAGAUGAAGAUGAUGAUGAAACUGCUUCUUGGUUGUUGCUUAAUAACAGUAACAACAACAACAACAACAACAACAACAACAACAACAACAACAACAAUAGCAACCAAGGCAACAAUGGGUUCUUGUUUGGUGGGGAGGUUGAUGAGUAUUUGGAUCUUGUGGGUUAUAAUUCUUCCACUGAGAAUCAGUAUAAUCAUCAUCACUAUGGUGUUCCUCAGCAGAAGAAUAAUGAUGGGAGUGACAGUGUGGUUCCUGUUCAUGGAAUUCCAGCAAAGGAGCAGCAGCACCUGCAACAACAACAACAACAACAACAACAACAACAACAACAACAACACAGUCUUCAGCUAGAGAUGGAUUAUGAGGCUUCCAAACCUGGGUUUAGUUAUGCUACUUCACUUAGUCACAGCGUCUCAUUUUCGUCGAUGGAUGCCAGCGUUGUACCAGAGGCUACUACAAUGAGUGAUAUCUCAAAUUCACACCCUAGACCUCCCAAAGGAACAAUUGACCUCUUCUCUAGCCCUCCACUGCCAAUGCCAUCUCAAUUCACUCCAAUGGACAGAGAGGCCAGAGUCCUUAGAUACAGAGAGAAGAGAAAAACAAGGAAGUUUGAGAAGACAAUAAGGUAUGCAUCAAGGAAGGCUUAUGCAGAAACCAGACCCCGUAUCAAAGGCCGAUUUGCUAAGAGAACAGAUACAGAAGUUGAAGUGGAUCAAAUGUUCUCAACCGCUAUAAUAGCUGAAAGUGGUUAUGGUGUCGUUCCAUCAUUUUAACUCCAGUAAGGAAAAAAUCAUCUUUUCUUUCUCAGAGAAGCAUGAGUCAGUACUACUGUUACUUCUAGCACUACUGUACCUUUAUUUAGGCAACCAGAUUGAGUCUAUGAGAAUUAUGAAUCAAGUAUUCUGUAAAUACUCUUGAUGGUCUCUCUGGCUUCUUGUCAUUGAUCAAUACAUAGUAAUUCUAGAGCUUUUGGUUUA